AUUUUUCCGACAGAGGGCGUUUAAAAGCAUCUCUCAUAGUCGCCAUUUUCGUUGUUUACUUCGUUAAAAUUUUCUAAUCUGAAAAAUUUUUUCCUUGAAAUCGACCAAAUAUAUCUAUUAAAAUAUUAAAGACAAACUUAACUACUUAAAAUGUCGGAGUCUGAUUGGGAUACGGUGACUUAUUUACGAAAAAAGCCACCAAAAGCCAGCCAGUUACGUACACAGCAGGCUAUUAAUGCAGCACAAAGACAAGGGUUGGCCAUUGAAACUACUAAAAAAUAUAAUGCAGCUACAAAUAAACAACAUCAAACAAGUAUGAAUACUGCAAAGUUAGACAGAGAAACAGAACAGCUCCAUCAUGAUACUGUUGGAUUGGAAAUUGGGAGAUUGAUUCAGCAAGGACGGCAAAAUAAAAAUCUAACACAGAAAGAUUUGGCAACAAAGAUUAACGAAAAGCCUCAAGUGAUUAAUGAUUAUGAAGCUGGAAGAGCAGUACCAAAUCAACAAAUACUGACCAAAAUUGAAAGAAUCAUUGGUGUCAAGCUUCGUGGAAGAGAAAAGGGAAAAGAGAAUUAAUGGACCAUUAAUUCUCUUUACAUAAAUUUGAAAUACAGUGUCAAGCUUCGUGGAAGAGAAAAAGGCCAAGCUCUGUCAGAUCAAAAGCCUAAAAAGAAAUGACACGAGGCCAUCUACACCUAUUUCUGCAUUGCUUUUUGUUUGAGAGACUUGACUUAUUCUUGUGCCUCUUUCUUCAGUAAAAAUGUUACAGAUACACUUUGUGUUUGGAAAAUGUACAAAUUUUGGGCAUUUUAUAAAAAUUAUUUAACAUCUAUUUUGUGCACAAUACUUAAAAUAUUGCAGAGGGUGGCAUUAAAUAGUUUUUAUUUUUUUAAAAUUUCAGUUGGCCAAAGUUGAGAUAUAUGAAAGUUUUCCUUUGUACUAUAUAUGCUUUAUUUUCCCCUCAGUUUGAAUAUUCCUUUACUAAUCUUAUCUGCUCUUGUGUGUAAUAUAUCAUCAGAAUAAUUUCAUGAUAAAAUUUAAUUUACCGUACUUUUUUAAUUCUUUCUAAAUUUCAUGCAUUGUAAUGUGGUAUUGGUGUUUGUCAUUGAAUUAAUUUAGUAUUGUGAAGCCCACUAAUUCAGAUAACAGGUAAUUCCUUCUGAUAGAUAUUCACAAAAAUCUUUGACAUUUAUAUAUUGUUGUCUAGUGUAUUUAAUAUUGAUAUAAUAGCAAAAUACCUAGAAUGACAACAUAUUUAAAUGGUGAUAUUUAUCUCCAUUCACUGUAUUAACAACUUCAUUAGUGAUGUAGAUUGGUAUGUAAAUGCUUAACAAUCAAAUUAUUAGAUUGGAAAAAAAUAUGUAGAAAAAAAUUUAAAAUAAAGGCACAGAUAUCAUCUUAA